AUGGAACCUCCAAUUCCCCCUGAUCACCAUUUUGUUCCGGUUGAUCCAGAUGUUCGUGGUCUCCACGAGCCGUAUGGAGAACACUUCGAUGACCGCUUCGCCGAAGACCCUGCCUUCUUCGAAGAGCGGGCACCAAGUGUCCAUCAACGCUUUGACAGAAUGACCUUAAAUGAUGACCCAGAAGAGAUCCGCCCGCGCGCGGAUCGCAUUCGAUCUGCUGACACUAUCCCUACCCUCCAAGAUUAUUUAUACUAUCGUCUGUCCAAGCGUGGCGACGAUUGGAGCUCAUGUGUCAAGAAGCCAAUCCCAGCCCCGGUGGACGAGAUUGAGAGAAAGGCCCGGAGAGGCAAGGGUGGCGAUGGCCCGGUGUUAGAGCAGAUGACCCGUAUGCCCUCACUCCGCCGAAGCAUGCUUGAAGAAGUGAUCCGAAAGGCCAAUGGGCAAGAGACAGGCGAUGCCCUUUGGGAAGUUGUCUAUAUCAAGUCCAAGAGAGUUCAGACAAGGAGGGGUAAAAUGGAAGUCCCAGAGAUGGAUGUCAUCCUGGCCCGAACGAGAGACAGGUCAAGGUCACGGGCCAAGUCAUUUGGUGGCGAGAAGGUGAGAAAAGUCGAAACCGUCCGAGAGAAGAGGUAUAUCAACGACAGCUACGGCCGUGUCAGGAAAGAUUCAGUUCUCGACAAAUUAGAGGAUCCCGUCGCGAACCUCCCAUUGUUUGAGGCGGAUGGCACGCCACGAGACGACCUCGGCCCGAUGCAUUUCAAUAACGCCAACCUCCCUCCAUACAUCGCAAGAGAGACUCCAUUGGGGUCCAAACCCGAGAAGAAGAAGGACAAGGCAGAGAAGAAACGCAGCAAGUCCCGCAGCAAGUCGCGAGACAGAGGUGCUGUGCCUGACGAAGAUGGUGUCUACGUGGUGCCGGAAGUGCAAGACUUUGCCACUGACGCUGUUGACCCUGCUCCGGUUGACGCAGUAUUCGUGGAGAACCCGACUGACCGUCGCGGUCGUCGCGGGCAUUCGCCACAGGAGCAUCCGGUGGUCGUUGUUGACGGUGAUGCUCGAAGAUCUCAUUCCCGGCACCGGACGCAGCCAGAGGCACGUUCCAAGUCUCGGCGCCGCGAGUCGGUGCAUUUCCCCAAUCAGCAUACUCAGCAGUAUUUUGACGGAGGCUAUGCCUCUUCGGAGAACAGCGACACUAGCCAUUACGGCUUUGUGGCCGACUACGCAGAAAGCUCCAAUACCUCCCUCAGCACACCCGGAGGGGUCCCUCGCCGAGGAAGCCUCGUGUACAGCCAGGGCCGCCCUGACGUCGUGUAUAAGAAACAUCACCCCGGACCUAGCAGGAGACAGUCGUAUGUGGAACGACCAUAUCAGGGUGAGCAGCAGGUUGUCGUACCAGCAAUUCCGCGCCGGAACUCUUAUGUCGUCUAUGACCAACGGCCGUCUGAGACCCGCCAUGAACGCCAUCCCCGUCUGAUGAGGCAGGCGACGGCGCCUAUCCCCGAGGACAGACAGAUCGUCUCUCGCGACUUGCCUCGACGAUCCAAGGAACAGGAUUUCGUACCCAUUCGUCGCUACAGCACCCAUGAGUCUGCCAUGCCGAUCGUUCACUAUCACCACGCAGAGGACGAACGUGACAUCUACUACCGCGACGAACUCGACCGCCAAAGCAUCCGCGUCGAGGACUACCAGCGGGAUCGCGUCCUUGAGGAUCAUUUGAGUCGACGCGAACAACAACUAACAGCCCGCGAGAGGGACCUGGACCUCCGCGAAGAUGAGCUGAGGCAGGCGAAGAGGCGGAGCGAGCUGGUAGGAGAACGAGAAUUCUACGACGACAGGGAUCUCAGGAGGGAGAGAAGAGAGCCAAGGAAGCUUUACUAUGACGCCAGAACCGGGGAGCACUUUUUCUACAACGAUUAG